AACAGUUUUUUGUGGUAUCUCAAAAACAACAGGCUCUCCUCCACCCAAAAUCUCAUUUGCAUUGGAACCACCAACAAUUCAAAAUCGAGAAUUGCAAAUCCAUACUAUGUUUGACAUUGACAGUGUAUUGGCAUUACCUAAAUCUUUGGCUGUUGCAAAAAGAGGAUUAA